AUGGAGAUCAUUGGCAUCAAGUGCUGUGGUGUUGUCCUGACUCCCUUGAUAAGCCUCGCAAAACAGCAUGCUGCCUAUUUCUUCAAAGCCCAGAAGUUCGUGCGUGCUCUCAAAACUGCCACCGAGCGUUUAAGGGAGAGGGUUAGCGAUGUUGAGACCAAGGUGGAGGGUGCUGCACGAAAAGGUAUGCAGCCAAGGCAUGAAGUUGAACGAUGGCUGAAGCGUGCUGAGCAUGUAUGUGUGGAGACUGAGACAAUCCAAGCAAAGUAUGAUAAGAGGACCAAGUGCAUGGGGAGUCUGUCCCCUUGUAUCUGUGUAAACUACAUGAUAGCCAAGAGUGCAGCAGCAAAUUGUCAGGCUGUAGAGAAGAUAUACAGUGAGGGCAUAUUUGAAGAAUAUGGUGUCAUGGUGCCACAGGCCUGCACUGAAGUGCCCAUAACUGACAUAAGCCUAACUGGUACAGAUCGGUAUCGCAACCUCGCUGUCAAGUUCAUCAAGGAUGAGGCUGUAAGCAAGGUUGGGUUGUGGGGCCCUGGAGGUGUGGGAAAGACACAUCUGCUCUAUCAGAUCAAUAACUUGUUUCACAAAAACCCUGCUUUUGAUGUUGUUAUUCGAGUUACUGCUUCCAAAGGUUGCUCUGUUGCAAAGGUUCAAGACUCAAUUGUUGGGGAACAGAUGCUGCAGAAGAAGAAUGACACAGAAUCUCAGGCAGUUAUCAUAUAUGAAUUUCUCAAAAGUAAAAAUUUUCUUAUAUUAUUGGAUGAUUUGUGGGAACAUGUUGAUCUUGAUAAGGUUGGGAUUCCAAACAAAGUUAGCUCAAUUGGCAAUUACAAACAAAAAUUGUUGCUAACAACACGCUCUGAAAGUGUUUGUGGCCAAAUGGGUGUCAAGAAUGGGCAAAGGAUUAAAGUAGAUUGCCUGGAUGAAACAGAUGCAUGGCAUCUUUUCAAGGAAAAUGUUGGUACUGAAAUUAUUAAAAAUCACCCCCUUGUACUUCCACUGGCAAAAGAGGUUGCAAAUGAACUUGCCGGACUGCCGUUAGCUCUUAUUGUAGUUGGCAGGGCCAUGUCUACCAAGAGGCAUCCACGAGAAUGGCAGAAUUGCAUCGACUUUCUUCAGCAAUCACGGCUUAAUGAGAUUGAAGGGCCAGUUUGCAACGAAGAAAGUGUGUUUGCUCGACUGAAACUCAGUUAUGAAUAUCUAAGUGAUACUAAUCUGAAAGAUUGUUUCACAUCAUGCGCCUUAUGGCCUGAUGAUUAUCUGUUAGAUAGAAACAAACUAUCUGAGUACUGGAUGGGACUGGGUCUAGUAGAGGAGGAGGAUAUUCAAAGAUGUUACAAGGCAGGAUAUGCACGAAUUCGUGAGUUGGUAGACAAGUGCCUUCUGGAGGAAACUGAUGAUGACAGACUAGUUAAAAUGCAUGAUGUGAUACGUGACAUGGCACUAUGGAUUGUAAGCAACGAAGGAAGGGACAAGAAUAAGUGGGUUGUACAAACAGUAUCUCACUGGCAUGCUGCAGAACAAAUAUUAUCAGUGGGGACUGAAAUAGCAGAGCUGCCUGCUAUUUCUGGGGAGCAGACCAAGCUUACCGUGCUGAUACUUCAGGAUAAUCAUUUAAGUCAAAGUUCAUUUGCAACCUUAUGA